AUGUCUGACGAAGCUGACGUGGCUGAGAUUGAGAGAUUCAAUAAGCAGAAUUUGAAGAGGGUGGAGAUACAAAAGAAGAAUCCACUGCCUUCAAAAGAAACAACUGAACUAGAGAGGCAAACAGAUGAAUCAUCACGAGGCAUGCAUGCCAAAAUGCAUUGGAAAAGCAUUCCUCUCUCACACUGCGUGGAUGCGUGGAAAAUCUCCUCUGUUUUCCCAGGAAAUGCAUCUCUUGCCUAUAGCUGA